AUUGAUGCCUUCAGGUCCAGACAGGUAAAUCCAUCGAGGGCUGUCGAUCUGGACUCGAUUGCAUCAUACUCCACGUAUAAGUUUGUUUUAAAAUGGCGGCGCAAUCAACGAAACAGGUAUGAAAUGUUUACUUUAGGGUUUCAACGAGCUUUUUACUCGUAACUCGCUAAGCAGAUGGAAGUUUCCGCGGCUCUCUUGGUGCUGGAGAGGUAAAUAAAGAUGUCUGGCGGGUUUUAACUGAAGUCGGUUCCACUCGAGGAAGCGCCUGAGGUGGCGUCAGCAGCAAGUGCACUUUGCCGCUGAGGAGGAAGAGAGAUGUGUUGGUGUUCAUCAGCCGCCUCCGUCUCUUACAGCGACUUUAUGUGACCCACUCUGGUUCCGUUUGUUGAGCUGCGUUAAGGAGCCGCGGAGGAGAAGCUGCUGCAGUAGCCUCAGCAUCAUCAUGGACCGCUCCGGGCGGCGGCUACCUGGAACCCACCUGUAGCGUCCACCCGGCGGCGGCAUGGCGAGCACGGACCGCGGCGUCCAGCACCAGCAGAGGGACAGCCGCUGCGGUGUGUCUGGAGGAGUUAUCAUGGAGAAUGGCUUCGUAGGCAAAGAACCGAUGACCUCUAACCUCCAGAGUGACGCCACCAGUGAGCCCAGUGCAACGUCCCUGAGUGAGCUCGCCCUUCCUAGUUACAAACCAUCCUGCUCCUCCACUCCCAUCUACUGCAGCCCCCAGAAAACGUUCUCCGACUUGGACCGCAGCAGUCUGACCUCUCAGGACUCAGGAAUCCCCACCCUAGAGGUCCACCCUCCAGACGCCAUCCUCCACAUCCACCGACAGCCAGGCGAUGGGGGCCUCAUGCUGGACAUGAACCGGGACUCACCAGCCACCUUAACGCUGGACGAUGAUCCACCUGGCAGCAAGGGCACACUCAAGUCAUCCACUUUUCCCCGCAGCGGCUACGACUCCAUCCGCCUCUUCAGCCCCGGCCUCAGACUAUCCACCCCUGGAUUGGGUGUAGGAGGCGGAGCCUUGAACCGCAGUGAUGAUAUGUCCGUGUGCAGCGUGUCGAGCAUGAGCACGGAGCUGUCCGUCUCCAAUGAAGACGUCCUAGAUUUUACCGUCACCUCUGACUCCAGCGCCGUCGUUACCUUUGAGUUGGAUCACAGCAGCUCGACUCACUUCUCAGAUGUGACGCUGUCGUCACCCAGAAACCCCAGAGACCCGUGGAGUCCAGGACAAGUGCAUUCUGGGUCGGGGAUCGUUCAACAAGAAGAUGGCAAGUUGAAGAGACUGGGACCUCUAGCGAGUUUGUUCAACAGGAGCCUGUUUGCUAGAAGGGUGAAGGAUAGUCAGCCCGCAGAUCCCAGGGAUCCUGGCUGGAAGCUUUUUGGAAAAGUCCCCCUGAGGGAAGGCCUCGUCAAGGAUCCCAGGAGAAUACAGAAGGAAUAUGAAACGAAGAGUGGCAGAGCUGGACCUGGCAACCCGACAUCCCCCAGGCAGAGCGUGAGAAAAAACCUGGAGUUUGAGCCGCUGUCCACCACCGCCCUGAUACUGGAGGACAGACCUGCUAAUCUGCCUGCCAAGCCAGCGGAGGAGGCCCAGAAGCACAGACAGCAGUAUGAGGAGAUGGUGGCCCAGGCCAAGAAGAAAGAGAUGAAGGAGGCCCAGAAGAGGAAGAAGCAGCUGGAGGAUCGAUGCAAGCUUGAAGAGAGCAUCGGGACUGCGGCCCAAAUUUGGAACCAGGAGAUCUUACCCCACUGGAGCACAAUGUGUACGUCUAGAAGAGUCAGGGAGCUCUGGUGGCAGGGCAUCCCCCCAAGUGUCCGAGGCAAAGUGUGGAGCCUGGCUGUGGGCAACGAGCUCAACAUCACACACGAACUCUACAGCAUCUGUCUUGCUCGGGCUCAGGAGAAGUGGAAGACUACAGCAGCACUCACCACAGACACUCAGGCUGAGGACGUGUUGGGUUCUUCCGACCGGGAGUCGAGUCUGGAGCUGAUCAAACUGGACAUCUCAAGAACCUUCCCUCAACUGUGCAUCUUCCAGCAGGGCGGGCCCUAUCAUGAUGUGUUGCACAGCAUUCUGGGAGCGUACACCUGUUACCGACCAGAUGUCGGCUACGUGCAGGGGAUGUCCUUCAUCGCUGCCGUUCUCAUCCUGAAUCUGGACACGGCCGAUGCCUUCAUAGCUUUUGCCAACCUGCUCAACAAACCCUGUCAGAUGGCCUUCUUCAGAGUCGACCACAGCCUUAUGCUGACAUAUUUUGCAGCUUUUGAAGUCUUCUUUGAAGAGAACCUACCAAAGCUUUUUGCACAUUUCAAGAAGAACAGCUUGACUCCUGAUAUUUAUUUAAUCGACUGGAUCUUCACGCUGUACAGUAAGUCGCUGCCUCUGGACCUGGCGUGUCGGGUGUGGGACGUGUUCUGCAGGGACAACGAGGAGUUCUUGUUCCGCACGGCGUUGGGCCUGCUGCGUCUCUAUCAGGACGUCCUGACCACCAUGGACUUCAUCCACAUGGCCCAGUUCCUGACCCGGCUGCCUGACCUCAUCCCAGCCGAGCAGCUCUUCCAGCACAUCUCUGCUGUCCACAUGACCAGCCGUAACAGGAAGUGGGCCCAGGUCCUGCAGGCAUUGACGGAGCAGAAGAAAUCAGCAGCCAGACAGUCCGGAGCUGAAGUGCUGAGCUGAGAUGAGGGGCAACAAUAAACCUCUCCAGCUUUCAGGAGAACCCCUCACCCGGCCAGAAGGACCUGAGAGGUCCAGUCCUACUGUAGCUGCUGUGAUGAAGCUCCGUAUCGCUGCUCUGAUCCAAACCAGCAUCCCAGAGGAGGGUCUGAAGCAGGGUGGGAACCAACCUGAGGCCUUAUUUAACUCCCCCCUCCUCCUCAGAGGCCCAGUGGCGAACUGGAAACUGUAGCUGGGAAAAGCUGAUGAAUGUACCCCACACUCCCACGCUCCCCAUCCUUCCCUCAGCGUUUCCUUUGGUUUCUUCAUUUAUUACUCCUGUUUUAAUCUCAUCUAAUCUGAAGUCCAGUUUGGGUUUGAUCUGUUCUCCGUGUUUCACCCGACAGCAGAGAAGAGUCGUUUUAGUGCUGAGAUUAGAGCAGAAGAGCUAGUUUUCAUCCCUGAAUACCGCUACUCUUUAAUCUCCUAAAGCCGGUUUCUCACUGGGCUCAAACGGUUGGUGACCAGUCACUGAGCGGUGAGGGACUUGUUUAGGGUCACUCAACUGGUUACAUCCCAUCCAACCAGUCACAGCCCAGUGAGGAACUGGUCUGGUCCUCAGAUCUGAGCUUUAAAGGCGACCUCUGUCCUCGUCUGUUCUACAAAUCAAAGUUUCGGCUGGAAUGUCGACUUUAAACCGAAUGAUCCCACAGCACUUUUUGUUUCCAGCGAAUGUGUAGUAAUCUGUCUGGAAUGCUUGAACACUCAGAAACCGAGUCUCAAUAAAGCUUUUACUGUUUAACAGCAUUCAAAGGAAACCGAUGCUUAAUCAGGAUGAGGUAUCAAAAGUCAUUUUGAGUUUGAUAAUCCAGGGUUUGGGACGUCUGGAUGCCAGGCCCACCUGGACUUCUGGUGUUUGCUGUGCUGUCAGCCAAGCGUUUGUGGUGCGUUAACACUUUGAUGAACGUGUCACCCCGCCCUGACCGGGAGUGGGCGGGGCCUAUGCCUGUAGCGCAGUAGGGGUUAUUUUUUAAACAGUUUUAAUGAUAAACUCAUUUUUAAAAAACCUUUCCUGUUCCUCAAAGUUUUUAUUUAUCUCAAACACGAUUUUCCAGUCGGGCUUCAUCCUGUAAAGCAUCCAGGAUCUCUAAAAGAGUCGAUGAAACGGUCUUGUGAUUGUUUGUCCUGUUACCUCUCUGUCCUCUCUCUUCGUCCUCCACAGAGGACACACUGUCAUGGCGCUCGGAGACCAGAACGGAGCUCGUAUUUACCUUAGCUGUUAGUUGACUGUUUGCUGGUUUUCAGUGUGCAGCAGCAGCAGACUUGCAGAUCCCCACCCCCCCCCCCCACCCCCGGCCCCCCCGGCUGUGGUCACACACCACAGGACUGCAAUAAAGCUUUUUGCACAAACAUGUAAGCCUUUUGCAUUGAGCUGCGCCUCGUGUCAUCCUGUCACAUCAUCAGUCAUGGUUGAAGCGGGUUUUCCAUUUCACCUCGUUUUCUCUUUCUAUUUGUGCCGGUUGCUGUGUUUAUUGUGCAUCAAUGGUGAAAACAUGUCUCCAAAGAGAUGUUGGUUACUAUUAAGUUGUUACGUUAACGGUAAACUCGUUUUUAUCAACACUUAUCUGCUCAUUCCUCCAUCCGCCCUAAAUGUCGCUUACUGCUGGAUGGAAAUCAGGACGUCUUUUUAUUUUCUCUUGAUUUUCUUUGAACAGACCCGUUAGAGGACUGAUAGACGUGUGGAGAUACCCGAGGGUCAUCAUGCAGUUGUAUCACUUGAAAUGUAUUUAAAUGAUGUUUUAAUAUAAUAAAAUGAUGUACAUAUGCA